AUGGCUAUAAGAUUGAAGCCAAAAGUGAGAAGGUUCUUGCUGGAUAAGUAUCGACAAAAGCGAUAUGUCUUCCUUUUCUUGGGAUGUGUUUUCGCCAUACUUUACCGUUUGGGCAACUGGCCAUUUUCCGCAAAAGAUAUUGUACAUGAUCCAAAUAAUUUACCUUACUCCUUCCAGGAUUAUUCCACUGAUAAAGACGAGCCGUUUUUCCGGGGUUGUGCCGAUACAAAUUUGUACUUACAAAAUCCUGAUUACUCCAAAAUGAAUGCAUCUUUUGUUAUGCUCACAAGAAACGAAGAAAUGGACGACGUACUGAAAACUAUGAGAAGUAUAGAGGGCCACUUCAAUCAGUGGUUCAAAUAUCCAUACGUUUUCUUGAAUGAUGAACCCUUCACAGAUUAUUUUAAGGACCAAAUCCAAGCUGCAACUAAUGCCAGUGUGGAGUUUGGCCUUGUUGAUGAAAUUACGUGGGAGUUUCCUGCUGAGGUUCGUAAUUCAUUGCAGUUUAAGGCUGCAUUGGAAGACCAAAACGAUCGCGGUAUAAUGUAUGGUAAUAUGGAGUCUUAUCACAAAAUGUGCCGAUUUUAUUCCGGGCUCUUUUAUAAGCACCCAUUAGUCUCUAAGUAUGAAUGGUAUUGGAGAAUAGAACCAGAUGUAGACUUCUUUUGUGACAUCUCAUAUGAUCCUUUUUUCGAGAUGGCCAAAAAUAACAAAAAAUAUGGGUUUACCGUGUUGAUAACUGAACUAUACUGGACCGUCCCCAAUCUGUUCAGAACAACGAAAAGCUUUAUCAAAAAAACAGCAGAUUUAAAGGAUAAUCUAGGCACCCUCUGGAAAUUAUUUACAUUUAACUAUAACAUUCUAGAUACAGAGGAUGAAGAAAUUUCUAGGUGGGUGAAUUUCCCCUGGGAGGCAAAACCAAAGUUGACGGAAAAAUUGAUGGUAGACUUUUUGCUAGAGAAUCGCGCCCAAGUGAAUAAUGGGGAGGAUUUGGAAGGUAUACAGUAUUUGGUCGAAAGGGCUCGUUCUAAGGUGCCAUUGCUGGAGGAUUCCAUUGAAGGGGAAGAUUACAAUUUGUGUCACUUUUGGAGUAACUUUGAGAUUGCCCGCGUUGAUUUAUUCGACAAUGAGAUCUAUAACGCUUAUUUCAAAUUUUUGGAAGAGUCCGGAGGUUUCUGGACUGAAAGAUGGGGUGACGCGCCAAUCCAUUCAAUCGGGUUGGGAAUGAUCCUGGACCUAGAAGAUGUUCAUUACUUCAGGGACAUUGGCUAUAGACAUUCAUCGCUGCAACAUUGUCCGAAGAAUGCCUUACAAAGCCAGGAAAAUUCCAACACGUUCGAUAAGGGUUAUAACUUCGGAUGCGGGUGUCGAUGCGUCUGCCCCAAGAAAGAAGAAGAUAUCGAAGACAACUCUAGCCCUUGCAUGGAUAUUUUCUUCGAAUUGCUUCACGGCAAGGAAUAUGAGAAGGACUUUCCUGGUUGUUACAAGCCCUCCAUAAAGGAUAAAGACGUGAUUGAAGAGGUUAGAAGAGAGAAUUUUAGAGUAAUUGAAUAG